GAAAACAGAAUUAAAAGGGGAGGGUGGAGAUGAAAAGUCUGGAAUUGACUCAUAGUGAAAAUCAAUAGUCGUUCGUAAGUGGUGGAGUAGCAGCCGAGUUUAAAUUUGUGGACUAUUUGCAGCUCUAACAAUCCCACAUCCCUCCAGUCGUCUUGCUGCCUUGCUUUUGUCAAGGGGAAUGAUACAUGAGGAUGUGGUUUCUUGCUACAUUCUUCUGCUUGUAACUGGUGAAGCAAAGCAGCAGAAAAUGCAGAGAAGUCUCCACAGCGGCAGACAAUAUGUGGAAACAAAGAUCAAGGAAGUCCCGGAUUGCCCGCUCGAAAAGCAUGGUGAUGGGCGAGUCAAUGCGACCCUCCAGCAGACCCUCGUCCCCCAGUCUCCAGGAACGGGUCUUGAAAUCGGGAUGGUUGAAGAAGCAGCGAAGCAUCAUGAAGAACUGGCAGCAACGGUGGUUUGUGCUGAGGGGAGAGCAGCUCUACUACUACAAGGAUGAGGAAGAGAAUAAGCCACAGGGAUCUAUCCAACUGCAAGGGAGUCAAGUGAAUGAGUUCACAGCAAACCCUGAGGAGCCUGGUAAACACCUCUUUGAGAUUGUCCCAGGGGGUGCUGGGGACCGGGACCGGAUGGCUGUCAAUCAUGAAGCAUUCCUUCUUAUGGCAAACUCCCAGAAUGACAUGGAGGACUGGGUCAAAGCCAUUAGGCGAGUGAUAUGGGCUCCAUUUGGCGGAGGUAUAUUUGGACAGCGAUUGGAAGAUACAGUCCAGUAUGAGAGGAAGUUUGGAAGGCAUUUGGCUCCAUUACUAGUGGAACAGUGUGUGGACUUUAUCAGAGAACAUGGCCUCAACGAAGAAGGGUUAUUUCGCAUGCCUGGACAAGCCAACCUGGUCAAAGAUCUCCAGGAUUCUUUCAACUGUGGAGAAAAGCCUCUGUUUGACAAGAACACAGACGUUCACACAGUUGCAUCCUUACUGAAACUGUACUUGAGGGAAUUACCAGAACCAGUCAUCCCAUUCGCCAAGUAUGAAGACUUCCUUUCAUGUGCACAACUGCUGGCUAAGGACAAAGAAGAGGGUGUCCAGGAGCUGAUCAAACAGGUCACUGGUCUGCCUCAGGCCAACUACAAUCUCCUCAAAUAUAUCUGCAGAUUCCUUGAUGAAGUUCAGUCUUAUUCAAGUGUUAAUAAAAUGAGUGUCCAGAACCUUGCAACUGUCUUUGGGCCGAAUAUUUUGCGUCCAAAAUUGGAGGACCCAGUGACUAUAAUGGAAGGUACCUCCCUGGUACAGCAUCUGAUGACCGUGCUGAUCAGUGAACACAAUAGGCUCUUCCCCAUUAUUCCCAGCGACAUUCCGGUCCCACAACCCGAUGCGAGGUCGUUGAGCAAGCGCUGUCUGGUGGAGUGGGUGUCGGAGGAGGAGUGCGAAGAAGCCAAGACUGACAAUCAAGUGGGGAGUUUCUGCAACAGUGCCACCUCUUUGGACGUGAAUGUGAGCACCCCUGUGACUGUUUCCAAAAAUGCCUCUCGAGACCAAGCGGACAAGCAGGUGGCCGGCAGUACCAGCCCGAGCAGGAGACUGCAGACGCUCCCUGGGUGGAAAUACUCGUUUAAACAGACAGGAGGAAGGUCCAGCAGUGCCAAAGUAGGUGGCUCGACUUUAGAUAUUCCACACUUAACAGCCAGUGGGAAUUGGCUGAUGAAUGGAUUGUCUUCACUGCGAGGACACAGAAGGACUUCAUCUGGGGACAGAGUCAAAGAAUCUGGGUCUUCCCGUCUGUCAACCUAUGAUAAUGUGCCAUCGUCCAACCUUUCCUUGAGUGCUGGGGACAGGCACAGUGUUGCCAGCACCACAUGGUCAACAUCAUCCUGUGAAAUUUCCGUGGUUGACUCCAGCAGUUCAAUAGCUUGUCAGGAAAGUGACUCUUUGGUGCUCAGCUGUACGAAAGCAGACUGGCCAGUGCAGGUCACCCAGCCACAGGGCGAGGGGCAGAGGAGCGAGCCCGGCAACAGGAGCGAGCCAUUUGAUGUGUGCAUCAGCAGUGCGAGCUGCAGCGAAAACAGCGACUUACUUUUUGCGUCUAAUGAUUCUGCCACAUGUUCGAAAGCACUUCAGAGUCUGGUCACGGAGCUCAAGUCAGAACUGACCAAACAAAGGGCAGAGUACGAAACCAGGAUUAAAAGGCUCGAAGAGUCCAGCACAGAACUGCGAGUGCAAGUGAACAGACUGGAGGAAGAGUUGGACCAAGGGAAAAAGAAAUACACCAUGCUUGAAAUUAGGAUGCGGAAUGCGGACCGGGCACGUGAAGAUGCAGAGAGGAGAAACCAGCUUCUGCAGAAGGAAAUGGAGGACUUCUUCGCCACGUUAGGAGACUUUACACUGGAAUCCAGAGAGUCCAAUUCCAAGUAG